GUUAGGAAGUUCCCGAAGUCACGUCGAAGAACAAUACAAUCAGCUGUUCGUUGAUCGAAUCCGCAAAAACAAUCUAACCAAAGCUGUCAUUGUCGACAGGGACAGGCAAAGACCAGUGAAAUGUCAUUCCUCUUUGAUUGGCUCUACAGAGGCUUUAGUGGUGUGCUACAGUUUUUAGGGUUGUACAAAAAAUCUGGAAAGUUGGUUUUCCUGGGGUUGGAUAAUGCUGGUAAAACAACCCUUCUGCAUAUGCUGAAAGAUGACCGACUUGGACAGCAUGUGCCCACGUUGCAUCCAACAUCGGAAGAGUUGACGAUAGCUGGAAUGACAUUCACCACGUUUGAUCUGGGCGGCCACGUACAAGCUAGAAGAGUUUGGAAGAACUACCUGCCGGCUAUCAAUGGAGUUGUCUUUCUGGUUGACUGUGCCGACCUCGACCGCCUUACAGAAUCCAAGAUCGAACUUGAUGCCCUGUUAGCAGAUGAGACCAUCCUCUCUGUGCCUGUGCUGGUCCUGGGUAACAAGAUAGACCGUCCUGAAGCCAUCAGUGAAGGGGGACUGAGAGAGGCGUUCGUCCUCGAUGGACAAUGCACUGGAAAGGGUAACGUGUCGUUGAAGGAUCUACAGGCACGACCUCUGGAGAUUUUCAUGUGCAGUGUCCUGAAGAAGCAGGGUUAUGGAGAUGGCUUCAGGUGGCUGGCACAAUACAUCGACUGACAUCUAGGCAGCGCUUCUUUUACUAAACGGACUCCCAUCUUUCUGGGGGGAAUGAAGAAGAUAAGCUAUCAAAUGAAAUGGCCCAUAUCGUCCACCCCCCUCCCCUUCCCCCAUGUGGAAAGAUGUGAAGCUCCCAAUAAUCAGCUUUCUGAUUGAGUACAUCUGUCAAUUUCAGCAUUAAUUGGUCCGUUUUAAAAGUUUCUAUCUAGGCAAACUUUUAAAAGUGGUUCAUGGUCACAAGAUUCAAGAUGGGUUUGCGUGUAAUACUAAUAAGUCCAUUAGUUAAGUAUAACGUCUACCCAUUCACUGGCAUGUAAAUUAGAGUAUCCGGUUCUACCCCAACAGAUUUGAUCAUAGCUGCAAUUCAAGCUACAGUAUACGGCAGAUGACCUGUACCAAUGUAGAACCUUUAUAAGGUAUACUGUGAACUUUUAAAAUUAUUUCUGAAAAAUGAAGGACCAAGUGGUUUUUUAAAAUGAAAUAGAUUAUAAAUGAUAAGGAUAUUUAUGUGAAUGGUGGCGGUACAAAUGCUUGUACAUAGCAGUCCUACCUAGAAUAAGAUGAUCUUAUCACUAAGAGGACAUGAAAGAGAAUAGAUAGACUGAGCAGGAAUAUUCCAACAGACCCAAGUUCCAAUCGCAUCGAAUAGAACGCCAUCUAAAGUUUAGGGGCGGAGUCCAUUUGACCUGAUUCUGUUUCUAUACAUGGCGUGUAUAUCCCAAAUGGCAGCAUAUUGACUAUAUAGUGCACUACUUCAGAGAACCCAUACUUUCUAUGCCCCCACCCCCUGGUCAAAAGUAGUGCACUAAAUAGGGAAUAGGGUGCCAACCCUGAUCACAAGUAGAGCACUAAAUAGGAAAUAGGGUGCCAACCCUGAUCAAAAGUAGUGCACUAAAUAGGGAAUAGGGUGCCAACCCUGAUCAAAAGUAGUGCACUAAAUAGGGAGUAGGGUUGACAUUUGGUACGCGUCCCGGGGGUUUGAGAUCAAUUGUAAUGGUCCACGCAGCUAUUGCCUUCAAUGCACUCAGCCAAAGACGUAUGCAAACUAUUUUGCAAGUGACUUUGGGAUGUUUACAUAUAAUAGACCUGGGGGGGGGGGAGGGGUUGUAGGAGUGAUGUAAUGUUUGUCCUACUACAGUUUAAUGAAUGAAUGGCUAUAGUGCCAUGAUAUGCAGGUACGUUGUAACAGGCCAGAACAAGAGACCGCCAUUGCCAUCAUUCCAUGGUAUGCAGCAAUAAAGCGGAAUGACCAUCAGUGGCCACUGCAAUGCUAAUCUUAACAAAAAAAGGCUAUGCUACUCUACUAACACAGCUCUGGCAGAGGUUUCGUUGGAAAAAUAUAGAUAAUGGUCCCUUUUUCAAUCAAGUCUGGUUUAAAAACACAUAUAUUGGUCCCUUUUUCAAUCAAGUCUGGUUUAAAAACACAUAUAUUGGUCCUUUUUCAAUCAAGUCUGGUUUAAAAAUAGAUAUUUGGGCCCUAUUCGAUCAAGGCUGGUUUAAAAAUAGAUAUUUGGGCCCUAUUCGAUCAAGGCUGGUUUAAAAAAUAAAUCCCACUUGCGUGCUUUGAGUGACGUACUACUCAAGGAAACACCAGAUAGCCUGGGCACCAGUUU